AAACAAUUCCAUACCUCCUACUUCCCCGAAACCACGAACCGGGGAAAAAAAUAAAAAAAAACCCAAUUUGCCCCUCUCUAUCGAAACCCUAACCAUCAGAAUUCAACCCAAACCCUAACCCUAGCCCCUCGACCCGAUCUUCUCAUCGCACUUGGGCGUAACCCUAACCCUAGAUCGACGCUACGAUGUCGUCUACGUCAGGGCAGCAGCAGUUUCGCUACACGCAGACGCCAUCGAAGGUGCUUCACCUGAGGAAUCUGCCAUGGGAGUGCACCGAUGAGGAGCUCGUCGAGCUCUGCAAGCCAUUCGGAAAGAUCGUGAACACCAAGUGCAAUGUUGGGGCAAAUCGCAAUCAGGCCUUCGUUGAGUUUUCCGACCUUAACCAAGCAAUCUCAAUGGUUUCAUACUACGCUUCAUCAUCUGAGCCUGCACAAGUCCGUGGCAAAACCGUGUAUAUACAAUACUCAAAUCGACAAGAGAUUGUGAACAAUAAGAGUACUGGUGAUAUUGCUGGGAAUGUUUUGCUUAUUACUAUUGAGGGUGUUGAAGCUGGUGACGUCAGCAUAGAUGUCAUUCAUCUGGUUUUCUCUGCAUUUGGAUUUGUUCACAAAAUUGCAACCUUCGAAAAGGCUGCGGGAUUUCAGGCAUUAAUCCAGUUCACUGACGCAGCGACUGCACAAUCGGCCAGAGAUGCCCUAGACGGAAGAAGUAUACCGAGAUACUUGCUUCCUGAGCAUGUUACCUCGUGCCAUUUGCGAAUUUCAUACUCUGCUCACACUGAUUUAAACAUAAAGUUUCAGUCGCAUCGCAGCAGGGAUUACACGAACCCUUACCUUCCCGUAAACCCUUCUGCAAUUGAGGGGACCUUGCAGCCUACUCUAGGUCCUGAUGGAAAGAAAAAAGAGCCUGAGAGUAAUGUGCUUCUUGCUUCGAUAGAAAAUAUGCAAUAUGCUGUAACUGUAGAUGUCAUCCACACUGUUUUUUCAGCAUUUGGUACUGUCCAGAAAAUUGCAAUAUUUGAGAAGAAUGGGGGAAUGCAGGCAUUGAUUCAAUAUCCUGAUGUGACUACUGCAGCAGUUGCUAAAGAAGCUCUAGAGGGACACUGCAUAUAUGAUGGUGGCUACUGUAAGCUUCAUCUGUCAUACUCUCGUCAUACUGAUCUCAAUGUAAAGGCACAUAGCGAUAAAAGCAGAGACUAUACAAUCCCUGACGUGGGUCUUCUCUCAAUGCCUCAAGCUCCUGUCAUCCCAACAGCUGCCUCUAAUUGGCAGGCGAAUCCACAAUCUUCAUCAAUGUUCACCGGUAAUUUAGGGCAACAAUCUCAUCCCAAUAGCCAAAUGCCGGCUUGGGACCCGGGCAUGCAAGGUGUUACGCCAGGGUAUCCCCCAGCAUCAGGUCCAUAUCCAGGCCAAGCUUAUGUGCCACCAUCAUCAUCUAUGCAUAUGUACCCGGUUUCUGGUGCUCCUCCCUCCGCUUUAUCUGAUCCCCAUCAAGCUUCUUCCCAAUUUAAUGCACGCCCUGCUGGUGGUUCUCCACCGGUUAUAGGGCAGCCACCGAUGUAUUAUCAGCAGUGAGCUGAGCGUUAAGAUUUUGUCUUGAUACUCUUGCUGCUUGCAGCUGUUAAGAGAGAAAUUUUUACCUUUAAUUGUGGAUUUGUGUAAGUUGGUAUCUUUAUGGCUAUUUUCAUGGAGGCAUGCUCAAACAACGCUGCCUUAGUUUCACUUAUUUUUUGUUUUGAGUGUUAGCUAUCAUCACCUCUCGGUGUUUUUUAUUAUCCUGUUUCCUCUUCUCUUGUAGUACUAUUGUUGGAUUAUUUCCCCCCCCCUUUUGUGGUUAUGAAGUUU